UCUAUUGAACCUGUCAGCCCGUUCAAUGCAAAAAUAAAAGCAAAAAUAAAAUACAUGACGCAUGGUCCUGAACGUUUUAGGUUUCCCUUUAGGCUUAAGUUGCGGUUUGCUGUAACGGUAACAGAAAUCAAGAGCCAGACCUUUGACUUUCUUUUCUUUGCGUGAUUGGUGCGACUCUGUCCUCCAGGUGCGUCUCCGCGCCUGUCGCCGUCAAAAGGCGCCUCUGCGGACUCUGUCUAAAGGUCUUCCGGGUCUGAGGCUGGAUGAGAUGCUGGGAUGAGCAACAUCCUGCCGCUGGUGUCCGAAGGGGACACGCGGAUGUCGCAGUUAUCGAGAAAAGAUGUUGAAUGUAUAUGGACAGGAGUAUCAUUCUAUAUACAAUGUCAGAUGAACUUGCAGAAGGGGGUCAGCCUAUCAGGAUUGGGGACCUUCACAUUUUCUCUGCAGAAUUUCAACACAGGUCACAGAUUCUCCCAGGUCCGUCAUCCCAUCUUCAUCUUGGCAGGGAAACUCUCUCAGUCUUUGGGUCUACAGCAGGUCAGGUGGUUGGCCGAAGCACAGGUGCCUGUUGUGCCUCUGAGCUUCGCAGCCGUGUCGCAGCAGACGCCCUACAGUCGAGACGUGGUGGAGGCCUGCGUUAGAGAAACUCUGGCAGUGCUGCACCGAGCCUUAGCGUCAGAGAGGCACAUAUUCCUCCCUUUCAAGGGAAUUGGAGUUCUGUCCUUCAGGGACAACAAGGCUCAGAUGAAGUUCAGCAGGGACUUCAUUAAUACAAUCAGUGAGACACAUAAGACGCUGAAAGAUCCCAGGAUGAGAGCUGGGAGCAGCGUUUUCUUGUCAUCUGGUGACGUCACUGAGCUUCAGAGGCCACAGACUGCCUGCCGUGUCUCCCUCACAGCUAUCGGCUUUUCUCAGACGGAUAACAAAGGAAUCAGCAAAGAUGGCGGAAACGUUUUGCCACCUGGGGACCAAAGGAGCAAAAAAGAGGUUCCCCAGCAAAGAGAGUCUAAAUCCAAUCACUCACUGCAGAUGAAAGCUGUCGGCCUGACUGGGGAACUGAAUCCAAUGCCCCCUGCGGAGCCCACUAGCAGUGUGCUACAUGGAGAACCUCCCAAGCUGGACCAGCAUCUGAAAAAUUUCAGCUGCUCUGGUCAGAUCCUUCCUGAACAGGAGCUGUGCUACGUGUGCAUGCAGCGGGCUCUGAGGAAUGUUCCAGAGAACGGACGGGAGCAACGAGACCAUGAGGAGAACGCUCAUGGAAAUCUUUUACUGCUUAAGGAACAACUGAGAGAUGAGCAAGAGAUGGAGCAAGAGCUGGCAAAACUAACUGAGCGGCGUGAGCGGGCCAAGAAGGUGGCCGCGUUCAACUUGCACGUGUCAAGGCGGGAGAAGAGCUCCUGUUCCGACUGUCCUAGAUCGUUCGUCUUCCCGGCUCGACCAGUCACUCCCCCGAAGAGGAUACAGCAGCAUCGUUACAGGAGGGAUCUACGGAGCCAGAUGGAAAGGAGACAGCAACUCGUGGCUCAGGACCAGCAGUACCGCUUUCUAACCGAGCGACUUGACCAGAUGCAGCUGACACAGGAGAUAGCUUUGCAGAGGGCUCAGCAGCUCCAGAAGAAACUGGAGAAAACCGAGCAUUACAGGAAGGCUCUGGAUGCUCAGGUGGAGGACAAGAUGUUCACAUCGUGUCCCGAGUGUCCGCCUGACAAACCAAGACUAAAUCGCUGCGAAACAGCAAUUAGAAGGGCAGAGAGCAAAAAGAGAGCACAAAAGGACUUACAAGCGAACUUCAGCGUUGCCACUCAGAGAAAGAGGGAGGAGAUCCAGAAUCGUCAACUACAGCUGGAAGAGGAAAAGGAAAUGCUAACACACACUAAAACAGAGUUGAUGCAGGACAAGACCAAUCAUUUCGAAAAGAAGCGCGCCUUCCGAAAAUCCCUGGAGAACGACUGGAGUCGAAGUGUGGAGCUCAAACGCGAGCGAGAGGACGAGGAGAGGCGCUUCCUGAGGUCUGCUGGAAAACUCCUGGUGGACAAGCUCGGAGAACGCCAACGCUGCCGGAGGUGUCAGAGGAGGACCACCAACUGCGGAGAAACCAACAUAUGGAAGGACUCGCGUUACCCUUCAGGUUCACAGUUUAUGAUCUGAAGCAGAAUGACGCGACAAGGAAAACGCUAACAAACUGAACAAGUCGUUGCUACAGUGCAGUCUAAUGCAUUAUGCAUUAUUUUAACUGUUCUUGAUCACUCUUUCACGAUUAUAAUAUACAAUUUGCAUCUGAUCUGUGAGGUUUUAUUUAUUUUUUAGUCGUUUCAAACUCUGGAAACUUUUUUUUUUUGAUAAUGAUUAUCAGCUCCAUUUCAUUGCUGUGCAUUUAUCAUUGUUAAAUUAAAGAAGCAAAUCUGGGAUGAUA